CAGUAUAAAGCAGCAGGUGCCUGCGCCGUCCCACCUCACACGCAGUGCCUGCCCGGGUCUGUCCUGCCCCCUCCCCACCUGGCCCAGCACCACCAUGACUCCGGGUAUCCAGGCCCCUUUCUUCCUGGUGCUACUGCUAUUCCCAGUGCUUGAAGUCCACAGUUCCAAUUCCACCCCUUCGCCGGCCACAGGCCCUGCCUCAAGCUCGGCCAGCGCUCCAGGCCCCGGUGCCACCCCUUCGCCGGCCACCGGCCCUGCCUCAAGCUCGGCCAGCGCUCCAGGCCCCGGUGCCACCCCUUCGCCGGCCACCGGCCCUGCCUCAAGCUCGGCCAGCGCUCCAGGCCCUGGUGCCACCUCUUCGCCGGCCACCAGCCCUGCCUCAAGCCUGGCCACCUCUUCACUCCACAGUGCCUCCUCGUCCCUGGCCACCGGUUCAGUCCACAGUGCCACCCCUUCCCCAGCCACCAGCCCUGCCUCAAGCUCAGCCAGCGCUCCAGGCCCCGGUGCCACCCCUUCCCCGGCCACCAGCCCUGCCUCAAGCCUGGCCACCUCUUCACUCCACAGUGCCUCCUCGUCCCUGGCCACCAGUUCAGUCCACAGUGCCACCUCUUCCCCAGCCACCGGCCGUGCCUCAAGCUCGGCCAGCGCUCCAGGCCCCGGUGCCACCCCUUCCCCGGCCACCGGCCCUGCCUCAAGCCUGGCCACCUCUCCACUCCACAGUGCCACCUCAUCCCUAGCCACUGGCCCUAUGUCAAACUCAGCUGCCACUCCAUCACACAAGGGCACCUCUGAUACUCAUACCACCCCUGCCAGCCACAGAACCGGGACCACUGUCAGCAGCACUAAUGGUAGCACAGUGCCCCUCACCUCCCCCAGUCACAGGAUUUCCUUCUUCCUCCUGUCCUUCCGUAUUUUGAACCGCCCAUUUAACUCUUCCCUGGAGGACCCCAGAACUAACUACUACCAGAAGCUGCAGAGAAACAUUACUGAAUUGUUUUUGCAGAUUUAUGCACCUGGCAAUUUUUUGGGCUCCUCUAAUGUGAAUUUCAGGCCGGGAUCCGUGGUGGUGGAGUCAAUUCUGGCCUUCCGAGACAGCACCACCAGUGGCAACGACAUAAAGGCACAGUUUGUUCGUCAACUAUACAAAGCGACCAAGUACGACUUGAGCAUCUCAGGAGUUAGUGCUGAUGACGUGUCAUAUCCUCCCUCUGCCCAGCUUGGGCCCGGGGUUCCUGGCUGGGGCACAGCCCUGCUGGUGCUUGUGUGUGUACUGGUCGUGCUGGCCAUCGUCUGUCUCGUUGCCUUGGCUGUGUGUCAGUGCCGCCGAAAGAACUGUGGGCAGCUGGACAUCUUUUCAAACCGAGAUGCCUACCAUCCUAUGAGCGACUACCCUACCUACCACACCCAUGGGCGCUAUGUGGCCCCUGGCAGUACCAAGCGUAGUCCAUAUGAGGAGGUGUCUGCAGGCAACGGUGGCAGCAGCCUCUCUUACAUGAACCCAGCAGCCACUUCUGCCAACUUGUAGGGGCACGUUGCCAGAGCAUCCAGCCAGUGCCCCGCUCUGAACCGAUGGGGGAGCUGAGAGUUCCAGUGGGCACUCAUGGCCUCCUCCGCAGGCCCCAGCAAGUCCUCUAACCCACCCAGCCCCAGUGGAGCCUGUCAGGGCUCUGGGGAAUAUGCCCCCAGAUCCGGGUGGGAACGUGUACAUGGCUGAAUAAACUGUGGGCCUACUCUGCCCUGACUGCCAA